CUUACUCUCUGUUGUGCACUUUUUAUCAUUGAAGCAGAGAUGACUAUCAACGCCGAGCAACAUAACCAUGGGUCUGAAGUAGAGGAUAAAAAGACAGAUUCCGUCGCUGAUGAUCUCUUCUCAGACAGUGGAGUCGUGGUUCCAAAGAGUGCGGCAAAUGAUGGAUUUGUUGUGCCUGGAAGCAAUGCAUUUGGCAACUCAUUUAGGGAUUAUCAUGCAGAAACCGAAAGGAAGAAAAUAGUUGAAGAAUUAUAUCGACUCAGCCACAUUAACCAGACCUAUGACUUUGUGAAGAAAAUGAGGGAAGCUUAUAAGAAAAUGGACAGGGUGGAGAUGAGCAUAUGGGAGUGCUGUGAACUGCUUAAUGAUGUCGUGGAUGAUAGUGAUCCUGACUUGGAUGAGCCACAGAUGGAGCACUUGCUCCAAACUGCUGAAGCUAUCAGAAGAGACUAUCCAGAUGAAGAUUGGUUGCACCUAACUGGCCUAAUCCAUGACCUCGGCAAAGUGCUUCUCCUGCCUAGUUUUGGAGGGCUUCCACAGUGGGCUGUUGUGGGUGACACAUUUCCCCUCGGCUGUGCAUUUGAUGAGUCAAUCGUUCAUCAUGAGUUUUUCAAGGACAGCCCUGACUAUAACAACCCCGCUUACAACACCAAACAUGGAGUGUAUACUGAAGGAUGCGGGCUGGAAAAUGUUCUGAUGUCUUGGGGGCACGAUGACUAUAUGUACUUGGUGGCCAAAGAAAACGAAACCACCUUACCACCUGCAGCAUUGUUCAUCAUCCGAUACCAUUCCUUUUACGCCUUGCACAAGGCUGGUGCAUACAAGCACCUGAUGAAUGAGGAGGAUGUUGAAAAUCUGAAAUGGCUCCAGAUAUUCAACAAAUACGAUCUGUACAGCAAAAGUAAAGUCAGGAUUGAGGUGGAGAAGGUCAAGCCAUAUUAUCAAUCCCUCAUUGAGAAGUACUUUCCUUCCAAGCUCAAAUGGUGAGAUGACCAUCAAGAAGCUCAAAGAAUAAAGUGAAGAAAUAAAGCACCAUGCUGCUGAACUUGGAG